CGGAAAUGUACUACGGUUAUGUUUACAUCGUUGUCAACUUGUUGUGCAAUGCUGCUGAGUUAGCAGGUUGACUUAGAAUAUAAAUUCAAAUACAAAAAAAUAAAGUUACAGGUAAGAAAGUGAUUGAAAGCAAAGGACACCUAGCACACAACUAGGCCACUCAAACAGAAACAAUGCCACGAGGAAGAGGCAGAGGACGUGGAAGGGGGCGUGGUGGACGAGGUGGCCGAGGAAGAAGUGGCGGCAGGCGACCUCAGCAGCCUAAGGACGACAACGAAGUAAAAUUAACAGAAGAGUUGGAUAUAAGUAAAGACGUUAAGAAGUACUUUAUAGGAAACGGGUCGGUUGAACAACAUUACAAUGCUCAAAAUGAAAACAAACACAAAUAUGCAGCAGGGAUGGUGGCUUUGAUGAAAGAUGGUGUGACCAUUACUCAAAAUGCCAGAGUAAGAGGUUUGACUGCUGCAUGGGCUAGACAUGAUUUUGAUAUGGCUAAUGCCUUGUUAUCAAAUAGGGAAAAUUUUGGACUGCCAGAAAUUUUGAAGGCAUUAGAGUUACUAGAUGCUGGGAGACAAGUCAGAAUUCUUGAAAAGAGGAUGAAAAUGCUUCAGGUCUCAAAGAACAAGGUGAAACCAAAGACCAUUGGGAAGUUGAAGUCUGACAUAGACAACCUAAAUGCCAAGAAAUCACCAUAUGGAUCAGCAAGUGGGGCAGUAUGUAAACACAUUAGGCAGUGGACCAGAACAUUUUCAAAAGAGGAACUAGAAUUUUUCACAGUUUUCCUACCCAAAGAACCAUGGAAGAAAUUAGCUGACAUUUGUCAUUUUCACCCUGAAAAAGAUUUCCCUAACCUUCCUUGGUUCCUGAGAUUCUGCUAUGGCGAUGAACCUCCAUCAGACACCAUGGCUUACCAGUGUAAAGCUCUAUCAGCAGAUAAUAUCAAUGAAAUAGUAAAGGAAUAUCCUGUACCCUUUAGUCAGGUCAAACAAUUUAAAGACAAGCUGACCAGUGAAACCAAGGGAAGAAUUGCAGAGUACGAAACUAAAAUAGAUACAGUUUUGUGGUGGUAUGAAGACUUACAGUGUACAGAAGUAGAUAAAUUACUAGAAGAAAGAAUAUCUAAAGGAGAAAAAAUAAAUCUGCCAGAUGGAAAGUUUAUAGAGAGAAUGUUAACCAUUCAGGGCAUCAGAGAGAGGGACCAAUCAAAAGCUCCCUUUUAUAGACACCUGCUACCCAUUGGUCAGGAGAGAUUAGAUGCUAUGAGUUUACCAUUGGAUUCACCCAUCGCAGUAAUUGGUGAUGCCUCAGCCUCUAUGCAGGUGGCAAUAAAAACAAGUUCAAUCAUAGCUGGACUUCUAAGUGCAAUAACACAAGCUAAAUUGUCAUUUUUUAACACAAAAGUCAUAACACCAGAUAAAAACCCAGAGAGUAUAGAAGAAGUUUUAAAGUUAGCAGUAGACAUACAGGCAGGAUCAGCCACUAACCCAGGUGUAUGUUUAGAUCCUUAUUACAAGGCAAAAGAAAUUGUCAAGACUAUUAUAAUGGUAACGGAUGAAGAAGAAAAUACUUACGUUGAAAAUCAGAGGUUUGCUGAACUAUAUGAGAAAUACUACAAAGAAGUUUAUCCAGCAAAGAUUGUAUUUGUUUCAUUCUUACAUCAACAACAUUCAGAUGGACAGAUGGUCAGAGAAUUAAAAAAUAAAGGUUUCGAACCAAUGCAGUUUAAAUUCCACCGACAGCAGCCUGAUUUGACAAAAUUAGAUAAAUUAUUUGGACUGAUGUCCUCUGAAACGGCCACAUUUGACGAGGAAGUUAAUAAAUUAGAAACCAAAUUUAAACUUGAGGGUAUUGGUAAAUUAUUUGAAGGUAUUAAAGUGACUAGCACAGGACAAUAAUUUUUACACGACCGCAAAUUUUUA